CAAAAGACAAAAGACAAUCGAUCUAAAUUCAUUUUAGGCCAGAUCCUUCACGUGAAAUUAGAAUUAAACAAUGACUUAAUUCCCUAUCUAAUCACUCACUCUCUCUCUCUCUAAAACAUUUCAACCUCGUCCACAAGACUACUCACGUCGUCACCUGUUCUUUGGCUGCUUACUCUUUGUUUUGAAGCGAUUCCUUUGAGGAGUGAAGAAAUGCUAGGAAACUGCGAGAAGAUGAUGGUCAUCUCUUCAACUACAAAUGAAUGGCAACAGGUGCAGAAUCAGAUAGAUGAGCGAAAAAAAUUGAUGGCUUCAACUGGUACGGUUAUGGAGAAACCAAAUCAAGAUCAGCAGCAGCAGCAGCAGCAGCCACUCAAUUGUCCUCGUUGUGAUUCGACAAAUACCAAGUUUUGUUACUAUAAUAACUACAGUUUGUCUCAACCAAGACACUUCUGUAAAGCUUGUAAACGUUAUUGGACACGCGGUGGAACCCUAAGAAAUGUUCCGGUAGGCGGUGGCUGCCGGAAGAACAAGAGGGUAAAGAAGCCAGCCUCUGCCGGUGAUGCAACUACCUCUACAGCUCCAACUGCAAACCCUAGUGCUCAAGUUCAAACACAGAUAGAUCUUCCUUCAAACUCAAAUAAUCAUAUGAAUCCUUUGUUUUAUAAUCUACCCUCUAAUCGUAUUGAGCUCAAUCUUCCCUAUUCCAGCACUUUUUCAAACACAGUUUCUGGAUUUAAUCUUCAAUCUCAGGUUAAUGCUCUUGGCUUAGGGUUUUCAUCUGGACUUUUUGUUAAUAAUGUUCACAGCAAUGACUACAAGAACGGAUUCAAGCAAAUCCAAGCUGUUAUUCCACCAUCAAGUCCAAUUCUUUCUAGCAAUCCUAUCUUUGGUUCUUCAACUUUCACUUCAACCUUUCAUCAGCCAAAAUUUAUUAAUUCAGGUGGUUUAAAGGAUCAUACGCUAGGAGCAGCAGACAAUCUGCAAGGGUUGAUAUCGUAUGAAGAUCUGCAAAUGCCUGGAAAUGGUGGAAACAGCACAAUUGUCAAAGAAGUGAAACCGGAAGGGACUCAAAACAGCUUGUAUAAUUGGAAUACUUCUAAUCAAGACCAGAUUGAACAAAUAAAUUCCUCCGAUCCUUCUCUUUUAUGGAACACAACUGGUAUUGGUGCUUGGCUUGACCCUUCAAACAUGGGUUCUUCCGUUUCUUCCCUUAUGUAGCAGAGUUGAUGAACCCAAAGUGCAGAAAUAAUCAAACAACGCACCAAAAACUCGUUGAUUCUGAGAAUACUGAAGAAUUUGAAAAUCAAAAGUGGUAACUGAUCCGCGCGUCUAUCUUCAUCAUAAACUUCUUUUUCUUCCUUGAUUGAUUUCCCUCUUUUCAUUAACUUUUAAGUCUUUUAAGGUGAAUAAGUUUUUAUUUCCUUUGGUCUAAAAAACUACCAAAAAAGAACAGCAAAUUUCAGUUUGGAGAAAUUGAUGAAAGGAGUUUGGAUCGAGCGAUCAUGUCAGUUGCAAGAAGAUUCAGCCUAUUCAUUUUAACUAUAAAGGUUGAGAAUAAUCCAUUUGCGCUGAGAGGAACCUCGGAUCCAGAUCUUCAUUUCAUCUACAAAGGUUUCAUCAUCAACAUUGUCAUUUGAAGGUUAGCUGGAUGAAAUUUCCUUUUCCAGUACUUAGUCGAUUUUAUAUCUAUAUGUAUGUAUAUAUUUAUCCAUGACAAUGCUUUUCUUGAAAUAUUUUGAGGAUAUGUGCAUUAGGUUUUUGGCUGGGAUUUUUAAGUAAAAGAUUAGUCUCAAAAGAGGAAUCACCUUUCUUUCUUUUUGGUUGUUGUUGUACUUUUAGCAUAGGGGAGAGGGAUUUGGGUAUAUUGGUAUAGAAGUGAUGGAGAUAAAUUAAUGUUGUUGUAUUUUUGGUUACUGGGCUCAAAGUUUAUUUGGUUAUUCAUGCCUAAAUCUUGUUAACAUGAAAUUUUAUUCAUCUUGGUGAUAAUUCUUAAGAAAGUUUGGCAAAGAUAUAUGCAGUUUUUUAA